AUGGCUGACACUGUGGUAGAAACACGUUCUGAGCGAUGGAAAUACCUGGACCGGGUCCGGGCAACCGCUGGGCCGUUCACGCCCGUGGAGGCCGGAUACGAGGCGGAGAAUGUAAUCCCGAGUGUCGAUAGAAUGAAGAUCCUGGUAAUCGGCGCGGGCGGCCUCGGCUGCGAGAUCCUCAAAGACCUGGCCCUGUCGGGGUUCAAGGACAUUCACGUCAUCGACAUGGACACCAUCGACAUCUCGAACCUCAACCGACAGUUCUUGUUCCGCAAGUCCGAUGUUGGCAAAUACAAGGCCGAGGUAGCAGCGCAGUUUGUCAUGCGGCGCGUGCGCGGCGUCACCAUCACGCCGCACAACAAGCGCAUCCAGGACUUUGACGAAGACUUUUACAUGCAGUUUCAGAUCGUCGUGUGCGGCCUGGACAGCAUCGAGGCGCGGCGCUGGAUCAACGCGACGCUCGUCAGCAUGGCCGAGUCGGACGAGACAAACGACGGCAUCAAGCCGCUGAUCGACGGCGGCACCGAAGGUUUCAAGGGCCAGGCCCGCGUCAUCAUCCCGUCCAUCACGUCGUGCAUCGAGUGCCAGCUCGAUAUGCAUGCGCCCCGUGCUGCUGUGCCGCUGUGCACGAUUGCCAGCAUUCCGCGGCAGCCCGAACACUGCAUCGAAUGGGCCCACGUCAUCGCCUGGGACAAGGAGAAGCCGUUCCCGGCGCUCGACAAGGACGACCCAGAGCACAUUUCGUGGCUCUACCAGAAGGCGCUGAUCCGCGCCAGCGAGUUUAACAUUGCAGGCGUCACGUACGCGCUGACGCAGGGCGUCGUCAAGAACAUUAUCCCGGCCAUUGCGUCGACCAACGCCGUCAUCGCCGCCAGCUGCUGCAACGAGGUCCUCAAAUUCGCCACAAGCGUCGUGCCCCCAUUCGGCGACGAGGCCAACUACAUGAUGUACUCGGGCAACGAGAGCAUCUACACGUACACAUUCAAGCACGAGCGCAAAGAGGACUGCCCCGUGUGCUCCGAGGACCAGAAGGCGCGGCCGUUGCCGACGGAUCUCAACAUGACGCUCGGCGAGUUCCUCGACUCAUUUAGCGACCGCCCCGAGGCGCAGUUGAAGAAGCCGUCGAUUCGCGCCGAGGGCAAGACUCUCUACAUGCGCAGCCCGCCGAGUUUGGAGCAGCAGACGCGGCCCAACCUCGACAAGACCCUCACAGAUCUAAAACUAGAGCACGGCUUUGAAGUGGUCAUCACAGACCCAGCGUUCCCCAGCCUGGUUUUUAGUUUUAUUUUGACGCCCAAGGCGUGA